AAUCGUGUCAUUUUAUUUUAUACCAAAUAAAUAACAUGGCUGUUUGAUGUUUACGUUGUGGAGCUCUACAGUUCGCUUACAAAAAACUUAUCUAUUAUUUUCCUUAUCAGAGAGCUUUAUAUUAUUAUCAGUGCCAAUUAGAGAUUAGAUAACUAUGUCUAGCGAAUCUGUAAAAAACUUCUCCAGCUUGGAAACGCCUGGAUAUGUAGGAUUUGCUAACCUCCCCAACCAGGUCCACCGCAAAUCCGUCAAGAAGGGCUUUGAAUUUACCCUCAUGGUCGUCGGUGAAAGUGGACUCGGCAAAUCUACCUUAGUUAAUGCACUUUUCUUAACUGAUCUCUACCCUGAAAGGCUAGUGCCCGAUGCCGUGGAAAAACUGAAACAGACUGUGAAGUUGGAACCAUCCACUGUAGAAAUAGAGGAGAGAGGUGUUAAAUUACGCUUAACUGUUGUUGAUACACCGGGAUACGGCGACGCGAUUGACAACACCGAUUCCUUCUCUGAAAUAAUCCGGUACAUUGACGAGCAAUUCGAGAGGUUCUUAAGAGACGAGUCUGGCCUUAACAGGAAGAACAUCAUGGACAACCGCAUACAUUGCUGUUUUUAUUUCAUUUCGCCAUUUGGCCACGGUUUGAAGCCACUAGACAUAGAAUUCAUGAAGCAGCUCCACAACAAGGUAAACAUCGUUCCUGUGAUUGCCAAGGCAGACGUCCUUACAAAGAAAGAAAUGCUGAAACUGAAGAAAAAAGUCCUCGACGAGAUCGCUGAACAAGGCAUCCGGAUCUACUCCUUGCCCGAGUGUGACUCUGACGAAGACGAGGAGUACAAAGAACAGGUGCGCCAACUGAAGCAAGCGGUGCCGUUCGCCGUUUGUGGAGCCAACACACUGUUGGAGGUCCGUGGCAGGAAAGUGAGGGGCCGCCUUUACCCCUGGGGGGUCGUCGAGGUGGAGAACCCCGAGCACUGCGACUUCAUCAAGCUGCGCACGAUGCUGAUCACGCACAUGCAGGAUCUGCAGGAGAUCACGCAGCAGGUGCACUACGAGAACUACAGGUCUGAGAGGCUGGCCAAGGGGGCGCCGCCACCUAAAAGGAAUACGAUCAUAGACGAUAAGUCUAACAUAGUCAACGAGAAGGACAGGAUCUUGCAGGAGAAGGAGGCGGAACUGAAACGGAUGCAGGAGAUGAUCGCGGCGAUGCAGGCCAAAAUGCAGCAGACGCAAUAAUACCAGAGUAUUUUUUAUUUACAAGUUUGUGUUACAUAUCUCACGAUGCCUAUAUUAUAUCUUUAUUUUUGCUCAGAUUAUGUACUUUAAUGUCUGAUAGAUACUUUACGAUUACGCGAGAAAGAGAGAUUUAUGUAUUUUUUAUAGAUAAGCAGCGACUGUGACGCAUUCAAAAUGAGCUGACAGUUUCGAAUAUUUCAUUUCUUGGUACAUAUUUUUAUGUAAAUUUGAUUUCGUUUGUUGAUUUGGCGUGAAUUUUUGUGGAAUUUUGAAUGUAGUCGUAAUUUAAAGGCGUCCACUCUGGAUCUUUCCAUUUAGAUUUCGUAUCAUGUGGACGUCUUUAUUCUUGUGGCAAUUGCAUUGAAAAAAUGCUAGGAAGACAAAUUUUAUUAUUGAUUUGUGUUUUUAGACAGCCUCCCAUUUUUUUUUACGU